GACCCGUUUUAUUCUACAGUCUAUUACAUAGCUGUCUUGACAGAUGCCAGUAUCCGUGAGAAAGCUCUGGCGGGAGUAACAAUGCUCAACUAACAGUGUCUAGACUGUUGUCGUACAGGUCGUUUAUUACAUCGGAUCUCAGUAAAAGCGGCCAAACCGGGAAAAAAGGGAAAGUCUCUGUGAGUGUAAUGCUCGCUAACGGCCGAGCCGCUCUCUGUCGGUCUUGACACAUCCUCAGCUAGCUCUCCGGCUAAGUUAAGUUAGCGCACUCAAACUUGAGCAGGAGAUGUCUCGGGACGACAACCCUCACACCCUCCUGGGAAGGAUACGGUUUUUAAACAAGUGCAUUGAAUGUUUCCGAAAAAGUGAGCCUCUGCCGGAGUCCCUGUGUUACGUGCCGAAAGAGGUUUGCUACAAAAUCUGUAAGGAUUCGUCGUCGGGCUCCGCUUCCGCGUCCUCUUCAACAACUGGCAACUCAGGCGGCAAGAGUUUGGUGUCGGUGUGGGAAGGCCCACAUCAGGCUCCACACAAGAAAUUAUGCAAGUGUAACAUCGAGCCUAAAAAAGGGACGUGUAUACGGACAACGGGGCAAGAGUAUUGCAACAGCCAUGGCCUGUGGGUCAAAAUAAGCAAGGAGCAGCUGGAGGAGUAUCGUCCUGGUCUGGACAUAGAGGAGGGCUGGAUCCUGGUGUGUAAACACACUGAAGGUGGAGACAGGCUUGUGCCAGUGGAGUCCCCUGAAACUAUCAGCAGACAACAGCAGCUGUUUGGAUAUGACCACAAACCUUGUAGCAGGUGGGAGCAGGUGGUGGAUGUGGAAAACUGCUUACACAUGGGUGUCAAACCCAAGGUGGCAGAGCCGGACGAGGGCGCUGUUCGAAAGCUGAGGUAUGUACCUCCUACGUGGACAUUUGAAUGCGAUGAGGACCUUGUACACUACUUCUAUGACCAAAUUGGGAAAGAAGAUGAAAACCUUGGCAGUGUGAAGCAAUGCGUGACUAGCAUUGAUGUUUCUUCUAGUUCGGAGGACCCCAGUGGUGGUGCAAGCUGCCUGACAGAUGGAGACACUGAGACAUACUGGGAGAGUGAUGGCAUGCAGGGGCAGCACUGGAUCCGGCUGCACAUGAAGAGGGGCACUGUGGUCAACAAACUGAUAUUAACAGUGGACUCAACAGAUGAUAACUACAUGCCCAAAAGAGUGACUGUUUAUGGUGGAGAGGGAGACAAUCUCAAGAAAUACAGUGACGUAACAAUAGAUGACAACUUAAUUGGAGAGGUUUGUGUUCUGGAGGACAUGACAUCACAUUUGCCUGUUAUAGAGAUCAGAAUCGAGGAAUGUCGAGAUGAGGGAAUUGAUGUACGGAUCAGGGGUCUAAAGAUCAAAUCAUCCUGCGAGCGUGACUUGGGCCUGAAUGCAGACGUGUUCCAGUCUCCCAACCUAGUGCGCUACCCGAGGUUGGAGGGCACACUGCCUGAUGUCCUCUAUCACCGGGCACUGGUCAUUCAGAGGUUCAUUACACUCCUGGACAGUCUGUUGCCUCAUAUGGUGCCUGCAUGGGACUACAGCCUUGGAACAUUCAACCAGAUCAAAAGCAUAAAGCAGUUCCUGCUGUUGUCGAAGCGUCGCUCUGCCCUCAUCACCCAGUGCCUGAAGGACUCUGAAACCAGUAAGCCCAACUUCAUGCCCCGCCUUUACAUCAACCGUCGCCUUGCCAUGGAGCACCGUGACAAUCCCACUCUGGACCCCACAUGCAAAAAUGCUGUCUUCACUCAGGUGUAUGAGGGUCUGAAGCCGUCUGACAAGUAUGAAAAGACUCUGGACUACAGGUGGCCUGCACGAUAUGACCAAUGGUGGGAGUGUAAAUUCAUUGCAGAAGGCAUCAUCGAUCAAGGUGGUGGUUUUCGAGACAGCCUGGCAGACAUGUCUGAAGAACUUUGUCCCAGCUCAUCAGAGUGUCCCAUGCCACUUCCAUUCUUCACGAGAACUUCUAACCAGGGGGCUGGAGAGGCCAGAGACUUCUAUGUGCCAAAUCCUUCAUGCCGAGAAUUCCACAAGUUGGAGUGGAUUGGGCAACUAAUGGGUGCAGCUCUGCGUGGAAAAGACUUUCUGGUUCUGGCUUUACCAGGGCUGGUGUGGAAGCAGCUGAUUGGAGAAGCGGUCAGCUGGACCAAAGACUUUCCUGCAGUAGAUUCGGUGAUGGUGAAGCUGUUGGAGGCUAUGGAGCAUAUGGACAAGGAGACAUUUGACUUUAAGUUUGGCCAGGAGCUUGUGUACACCACACCCCUGAGUGACGGCCGGCUGGUGGAGCUGAUCCCAGGAGGCAGUGGAGUGGUGGUCCGAUAUGAAGACCGGAUGGAGUUCAUCCGCUUGGUUCAGAAAUCCAGACUAGAAGAGAGCAGAGAACAGAUUGCUGCCAUGCAGGCAGGACUGGUGAAAGUGGUGCCGCAAGCUGUGCUUGAUCUCCUGACAUGGCAAGAAGUGGAGAAGAAAGUGUGUGGAGACCCAGAGAUCACAGUGGAGGCCCUUAAACGCCUCACACGAUAUGAAGACUUGGAACAAACAGAUGUCAGAGUGCAGUACUUAUGGGAAGCCCUGAUGAACUUUACCAAUGAGGAUCGCAGCAGGUUUUUGAGGUUUGUGACUGGCAGAAGUCGUCUUCCUGCUCCAAUUUACAUCUUCCCAGACAAACAAGGAUCCGAAACCACAGAUGCACUUCCUCAAUCUUCUACAUGUUCCAGCACCCUUUAUCUACCCAAAUACCAAAGUGCUAAAGUUUGUGAAGAGAAGCUUCGCUAUGCUGCAUAUAACUGUGUGGCCAUUGAUACAGACAUGAGCCCUUGGGAGGAGUAACCUGAUUUUGCCAUGUUUACGAAUUUUACACACCGGAUUUUGGCAUAAAUGAACUGUAGCCUCCAGCACCGUGCAUAUGACCAUGCCUACAUUAUUGCCAAUUACAUCUGUGAGGUAAAAAUAAAUAUGUUAUAAACAAUA